AUUUUAUUAUUUUCUCUUGAAUAAUAAUGGAUUACAUUGAUUUGGAUUAUACUUAUUUACCAAGAAUAAUGACGUCCAAGUUGACUGAAUACAAAUCAUAUAGCAGUAUAAAUCAAUUAAUAAGCUUAUGGAUAGUAUUCACAAAAUAUAAAAGCAAUCUAACUGAUGGAUUUAGACUGGAGAACUUUUCAUGGCGAUUAUGGUAUAGACAGUUUAUUUUACAAAAGACAAAUGUGCCAAAAAUCAUGGAUGAUAUUAAUCUUUUAGUAAAGAAGCAAAACGUGUCGAUUAUUAUUGACAACACCAAAACUCGUUAUAUGCCUGCUGUUCAUAAAGAUCUUCUUGUACAACAACAACAAAAGAAGAAGAAUAAAAAGUUUUAUAUUCAUCACGAAUUUGAGCAAAACGAAAGAGGCAACAAUUUAUUAUCAAAACCUAUCUCCCUUCUAUCUCAAAUGCUAAAAUGCGAUAACACUGCUGUAAUAACCAGCAACCAUUCUUCCAGUCUUCGUCGUUGUCAGUCUCGUUAUUAUUACCGUUUAGACCAAUUCUUCCUUAAUGCUACAUAAUCUCUUUAUUAUCUUCUUCCCUUCCUUCCUUC